AUGGAGGAGGACUUUGGGGGGCGCGUCGCCGAGGCGCAGGACUGGUUCCGCCAGGCUCAGGACGAGCUGAAGGCCGCCCGGGCUGAGCUGGCCAACCGUGAGGUGGAGCUCGCCAUGAAGCUGGCCGACAUCGAGAAGGCCCAGGAGACGGCGAAGAGGCUGGCCGAUGAAGCCGAAGCCGUCCGGUCCCAUCACGAGGCCGCCCUGAAGACCCAGGAGGAGGACCUUGCCGAGCGCGAGGAGAGACUUGCCACCACGCUCCGCGGCAAGGACGAAGAGGUGGACAAGCUCGUCUUGCAGCGGACCCAAGAGCUGGAGCGGAGGCAUCAGGAGGCACUCAACGCCCUGGCUCAGGCCCAUGCCGGCAAGGUGAAGGAGCUGGAGGAGCAAGCUCUGAAGCUGGCCCAGGAGAAGCACAUGCUCAAUGGUGCUCUGACGGUUGCACAGGGUGAGAUCAUCAGCAAGUCCGGAGAGCUCUCCGAGGCCAACGCCUCCAUCAGAGAUCUCAAACUGAAGCUGGGAGAGCUCGAGGAGACGUUGUUGAUACGUCUCCAACGAUAUGAGCAUUAG